AUGAACAACCGCGACAAACAGAUUGAUCAUGGUUCUGGCUCCGACUCCGGUUCCGGAGGUAAGCGCCGGAUGUACGACUGUAACAUCUGCAUGAGAGGUUUCACAAAUCCCCAAGCCCUCGGUGGUCACAGAAACCUCCACCGCAAGGAACGCGAAAGAAACAACUCUUCCUCUUCUUCUUCUCACUCCUUUCCAUUUUCUAUUCCUUUACCGUCUCAGUCUCUCCCCUCCCCCCUAAACUAUACAAACCCUAAUUACAACAACCCGCCUCCAUAUUUUCCGACCAUUGAGUCAUACCACCACCAAACGUAUCAGCCACAGAUAAACCCUAGCUACAACACACAACGCUUUGGAGCAUCAUCGUUAUCAGGAGGAGGAAGGAGUUAUGCUGAUCAAGGGGAGUUUCUUGGUCUCGAUUUGAGCUUAGGACUCGGAUCCGUCAAUGUUGAUAAUGACUCUCACCGGAGGCUACCGGACGCCAGAGACUCUCAGCCUGAUCAAGACGAUGAUCUUGAUCUUGAUCUUCGCCUCGGAUGCCAUCAUCGUUACUAA